AUGUCGGUUUUAUCUUCUGUGACGUCUGCUGCCGCGCCCGGCAGCCUUUGCAGUGCCGUUACUAACAUCUUUGUGAAUGACAUACCGCUGCAAGCCCUUAUCGAUACUGGGAGCACUGAAAGCUACAUUUCCGCUUCCGUUGUAAAACUUAACAAAUUUCAUAUCGAAACCUCUCGGGAGCACAUCGUUAUGGCUUCCACUACUCAUUCUAGUUUCACCCAAGGACAUAUUAUUUGCUCCAUUCGACACAAAGACACCUGUUAUUCCAAUGUGAAACUAUCCGUUUUAUCUAACCUUUGCUCUGACGUAUUACUUGGUCACAACUUCCUUAAAUAUCAUCGGAAAAUUGAGAUAUCGUUUCAUGGGUCCAGACCUCCUUUUACUAUUUGUGGCCUAUUGGCGGCCCUUGUGGAACCGUUCCCCCUGUUUGAGCACCUUGCUCUAAAUUGCCAGCCGAUUGUUACAAAAUCUAGACGCCAUAGCGAAUCCGAUGAAACUUUCAUUCAAUCUGAAAUCAAAAGACUUCAUGCAGAUGGCAUUAUCCAGCCUUCGAGGUCGCCGUGGCGAGCGCAAGUGUUAGUAACUACGAGCGGACCUAAGAAGCGUAUGGUUGUGGAUUAUAGCCAAACUAUCAAUCGAUUUACCUAUCUUGAUGCCUACCCGCUUCCAAGGAUCGAUGACCUCAUCGAUAAAAUCGCUCGUUUCGAUGUGUAUAGUACUCUAGAUUUGAAGAGUGCUUACCAUCAAAUACCAAUCAACGAGGGAGAACGUAAAUACACUGCCUUUGAAGCUGGUGGAAAACUUUACGAGUUUUGCCGUAUUCCCUUCGGUGUUACCAACGGCGUCGCCUGCUUUCAACGAGCCAUCGACAGUUUUCUGAAACGGGAAGGAAUUGCAGAUACCUUUGCAUAUGUUGACAACGUUACGGUGUGCGGUAGAAGCAAAGAGGAACAUGACGCAAAUCUUAAACACUUCCUGGCGGUAGCCAAAAAUUGCGACAUCACUUUUAACGACACAAAAAGCAUUUUUGCUGUUAAUAAAGUCACCUUGCUCGGUUACGAAAUAUCCAAGGGCAUUAUCAAACCUGACCCGGAGCGACUACGACCUUUGGCCGAGUUGAUGCCACCGCAUGAUUCCAAGUCACAACAGCGCCUAGUAGGAAUGUUUGCAUAGUAUUCGAAAUGGAUUCCAAAAUUUUCCGAUAAAAUCUAUCCGUUGGUUCACAAUGAAACUUUCCCGCUAUCCGAACCGGUAAUGAACUGUUUCGAACAACUCAAAAAAGAAUUAGAACGAUCUACAGUCGUGACCAUCACACCCGGUGUACCAUUGGUAGUCGAAACAGAUGCAUCUGACAUUGCAAUCGCCGCUACCUUGAAUCAAAAUGGCAGACCAGUAGCAUUCUUCUCCCGAACGCUAUCUCACAGCGAAAAACACCACUCCGCCGUCGAAAAAGAGGCCUGCGCUAUAGUCGAAGCAGUGCGAAAAUGGCGUCAUUUCCUCCUUGGCAAUCCAUUUACGAUAGUAACUGACCAGCGAUCAGUGACAUUCAUGUACGGUGACAAUAACAAAGGAAAAAUUAAGAAUGAUAAAAUCCAACGUUGGCGUUUGGAACUAUCAAGUUAUCGGUUCGAUAUAAUGUAUAGACCGGGAAGCGGAAAUAAAGCAGCCGACACGCUCUCCAGAAUUCAUUGUUCAGCGUCUCUGAGUGGUACGGAACUUAACGAACUACACAAGUCAAUGUGCCACCCUGGUGUUUCUCGUAUGAUGCAUUUUAUCCGUUCUCGUAACCUUCCAUUUUCCUUGGACGAUGUCAGGACGAUGACCUCACAAUGUAAAGCUUGCGCCGAAAUCAAACCUAGGUUCUAUAGACCCCCUGUUGGUCGACUCGUUAAAGCUACACAACCGUUUGAACGGUUGAGCAUUGAUUUCAAAGGACCACUUCCAUCUACGUCAAGAAACAAGUAUCUCCUGACUGUGAUUGACGAAUACUCUCGGUUUCCCUUCGCGUUUGCCUGCUCUGAUAUGACUUCUGCAACAGUGAUCGGAUGCCUCACUCAGCUGUUUGCUUUGUUCGGAAUGCCAUCUUAUAUACACUCCGACCGCGGUCCUUCCUUUGUGUCCGAAGAAGUAAGAAAGUUUCUGCACGAUAAAGGAAUAUCCACCAGUAGGACUACCGCUUAUAAUCCGCAAGGCAAUGGGCAGGUUGAGCGUCUCAAUGGAACUUU